GAGCGAGCGAGGUGCUGUCAGUGUCAAAGUCAAAUUUAUAUUAAUUUGUUGUACAAAAGAAUAUAAAAAUUGUUAAAUUAACUGUAUAACUUAUUUAAUUUCGUUCCGUUCACUUAAACCCCAUUCAAUAUUGCUGAAGUAACAUGGGCAUAGAAAACAUGCGUCGUUGGCCUAUGUACAUCGUAUUUGCUGUGUGUAUUUUAUUGUUACUUUCACUAUUUAAUAGUUGGAGUGCGGAGACUGAAUUGCGAAACAGAGUUUCGGAGAUAAGUACACAACUUCAGGAAUGCUCCAAGCAGCAAACUUCUUGCAUGGAAGAAUCUUUAACUUUACUUGAACAGCGCGACGGAUAUGUGAUCAAAGUGAACGAAUUAGAUAAACAAAAAUCUAAAUUAGUUGACGACGUCGAAGAAUUUAAGAGUAAGCUGUCGAAGUCUGAGGGCCAGGUGAAUCACACGAAGGUGGAUGUGGAGCUGUGUAAGACAGAGUUACAGUCACUGAAGAACUUGCAAGUGAGUAAGACUGCCAUAGUAGAAACAUUAAGGUUAGAGAAAGAUACCUUGACAACUCAGUUAGCUGAGAGGAAGCAGAAGAUAGAGGAUUUAGAGAAAGAGAUUGAGAAGCUGAAGAUGGCUUUGACAACAAAGAGUGCAUCAAAUUCUUCAGCGUCCCCUAAGGUGACUCCGGCUGCCCAGCCACCCAAGAUGAGUCCAGCUCUGAGUGCCCACAACCCUAUCAAUGAACCAGUAUUAGAGAAUGAUGCUAAGGAAGAGAUUGAGGACACAAAUGCCCUGAAUGAUGGCAAUGACUUUGAUCCUCAGUUAUAAUAAGUUUAGUUUUAUGAUUAGUUUGUAAUUGGUGGCCUGAUGGUGUGAUAAUUACAAUUACCAUGUAGAGGACAAAGAAUGAGGCUGAUGGUAGAAAGGCUAUAAGCUUAACUAAUGUACAUACCAAUGUAUGAAAUUGAACUGUUACAUAUUUCCAAACUGAUAAGAAAUUAUGUUCACUCCCUUUUAUAUAUUUAUGUAAUAAAAGUACAUAAUGUAUGUAUGUAUUG